UGUUCAUCGUGUUCGUCGUUGUGGUGGUUACGGUUUAGAGAUAGUGUGCAACAGUAGAAUAGGACUUAUUGAGUAAAGCAUUUAUAGAAAGUGAGCGAAAGUGAUAGAGUGCCAUGAUAAAGUUGUACGAGUGGACAAUUGAAUCUUAUAAUUGAAAGUCCAAAAAAAAGGUGCGUUCACGAUAAAGGUGUCGAAGAAGUGAAUCGUGAUUGGUGAAUCUUAGACGGCCAUUAUUGUGCGCCAUUCGGUCUCCGGUGCAGAUCCGCGCAGCGAAAGGGCAGAUGCCCUUACGCGGUUCGUGUUCCCAUUGGUGGGUACGCGUUAAUCUACCCGGAUCGACACACUUCGUGAGAUCCGGUAGUAUUUCUCGAAACGUAUUCUUGAACAUACUAAAUUUAAAAAAUAUAAAGACAAGUAAAUCAACCACCUCCUGUGGAAAGCGAGUCUUUUGAUAGUCGACUCGAUAGUUGUGUGAUCUCUGUCUAACAGCAACAGUAGCAACCGCAGCGCCGUCAACAACACGACAACGAUAACGACGACAGUAGCGCCAUCAGCGCGACCGCCAUCGCAGCGAAAAGAAACAGUAUUCCUUUGAGGAAAGAAGAAAUGCCUGUAGGUUCGCGAUCAGUGGCGCGACCAAAGAUGGAGGCCACGUCCAGUUUGUAACACGCAGCCAAGUCUCGUUCAAAGCGCACCAACGGAGCCACGAAGCGCUCCUCGAGUCGGCUGUCCAAAGUCGCUUUUGCCCCGUGCUACUUUUCUUCGUGAGCCCCGCGAGGCUGGAGAAUGGAGCUACGCGUUGGAAAUAAGUACCGGCUCGGACGGAAAAUCGGGAGUGGCUCCUUUGGCGACAUUUAUCUAGGUACCAAUAUCUCUACCGGCGAGGAAGUCGCCAUCAAGCUAGAAUGUAUAAAAACGCGGCAUCCACAGUUACACAUAGAAUCAAAGUUCUACAGGAUGAUGCAAGGUGGUGUUGGAAUACCAACUAUAAAAUGGUGUGGUUCAGAAGGUGACUACAAUGUAAUGGUAAUGGAGCUACUAGGUCCAUCAUUGGAGGAUCUAUUUAAUUACUGUUCAAGAACUUUUUCUUUGAAAACAGUCUUGCUUCUCGCCGAUCAAUUGAUAAGUAGAACGGAUUAUAUUCACAGUCGCAAUUUUAUCCAUCGAGACAUCAAACCAGAUAAUUUUUUGAUGGGCUUGGGAAAAAAGGGAAAUCUCGUAUAUAUUAUAGAUUUUGGAUUGGCCAAAAAAUAUCGCGAUGGCCGUACUCACAAACACAUACCGUAUCGAGAAAACAAGAACUUAACAGGGACAGCCAGAUACGCGAGUAUUAAUACACAUUUGGGAAUUGAACAAUCACGACGAGAUGACCUUGAAUCCUUGGGAUAUGUUCUUAUGUAUUUCAAUAGAGGUAGCUUGCCCUGGCAAGGUUUGAAAGCGGCAACUAAACGACAGAAAUACGAACGUAUUUCUGAAAAGAAAAUGUCUACACCUAUCGAAGAAUUAUGCAAGGGUUAUCCUGUUGAGUUCGUGCAAUAUCUAAGGUAUUGUCGAGGACUACGAUUCGAGGAAAGGCCGGACUAUUCGUAUCUUCGGCAACUUUUCCGGACGUUGUUCCACGAAGAAGGCUUCACAUACGAUUAUGUCUUCGAUUGGAAUAGGCUGAAAUUCGGUAAUGUGAGGCAACAAACAUUGUCUUCGACUCAACAAACACCGAUGCAGUCGCAACAUACGAAUGCAGCGCUGCCUUCUGGGACUAAUAAUGAUCAAGAACAUCGAUCUAGACCUUACACCCGGCAGUGUUUGGCAAACAUAUCAGUGGGAACAGUGGGUCCGACUGUAGGUGGAACAACUACAAAUUUGAGAAGCAUGCGGCAAAAACGCGAGGCGAUAGACGCUCUUCGCGAUCAGGACAAUCAGGAGAGCGAUCUUCAAGCAUCGGGCACAGGUGGCCAAGAACGAAGAGUCAGCAUGAGGUUGCACCGUAGGGAUGCAGCUGCUGGAGAGAUGCAACCGAAGACCAAGUGAGUUGCUAUAUCACGCCAAAACAUCAUCGCGGAUAAAAGCACCUAAGUAACCGAAAGCUAAGACACUAAUUCUAAAUCACAAAAGUAGGCAAAGAGGGGGCGAAAGUAAUCUCCUGUGCCACGGUAGCGGACACCGGCGAAAAAACUGAAAUCGUGGAUUAAGAACAUUAAAAGAAAAAAAAAAAAAAAAGAAAACAAAAAAGCAAAGAAAAAUGCGAAAAAAAGCGUGUUCGCCUUGCGAUCCUUCUCUCUCUGACCUCCUCAUAGCUCUGUAGAAACGAAAAUUCUCUCAUUUCGAGUCUCUUGCUUUCAAGCCUUUGAUCCUGCCACGUCACUGUGUCUCACAUAUACAAAUAUAUCGCGUGUUUCCAAUUUUAUUAAAAAAAAAAAAAAAGCUUUCUGCUACAUAUUACAGAAAUUUCAUCUGCUAUAUAUUUGAUCUCUCGUUCGUCUUAUGUUAAACGAUUAAUUUGCUUGUUAUACUCAUUUCGCCAUUAUGGCUGUUAUGAAAAAUAUAUCUCGAUUACCAAAAGAAAUUCAUAGAUCGUUGAUCAACGAAAAACGAACUUAUGAUUUUUUAAAAGAAAUGCAAAAAAAAAAGAGAUCGAUUAAGCCCGAGAAAUAAAAGCAGAUAUCAUAUAUAUAUGAAAGAAAGUAUGCUAUGUCAAGACAGGAAACGAGAAAGAUAAAAUAGAUAGUGAAGAGUAAAACUCUCUCUCUCUCUCUCUCUCUCUCUAUCUCUAUCUCUAUCUCUAUCUCUCUUUCUCUUUCUCUCUCUCUUCUCUCUCUUCUUUCUCUGUCUUCCCUUUGAGCUAUCAAGUUUUGCUAUAAGCGAUACGGUGGAAUGGAACAAAGUGAUGGAAAAAGAGACGAAAUGAGCUGAAAACUAGAGAGAAGGAGAGGCAAAGGAAAAAAAGACAAAGUUUUCGAUCGUGUUUAAACGGUGGAAAGGACGGUAGCGCGUUAAUGUCCGUGUUUGUGUAUCUUUUAUUUUGGAAGCGCCAAUGCAAUGGCCCCACCCAUCCCGUUGGGCAGGCAGGCGAGCGUUCAACACAAGUUGAUGAAAAGCACGAGCGGCUAACUGAUCGACUAAACGUCUCUAGGCUACCCACGGAUUUAAUCGUCGAGUUUAAUCCGGUGGCGAGAGUUUGAGAGGGAGAAAACGCCUAGCCGGAACGGCGAGCGUAUACGAGUCGAACUGUCAUUUCAGUUGUGUCUCUAAGGAACCCGAUCCAUUUUCUCCUUGGAAUCGAUGUAGAAAAACCGAAUACAUAACAUAUAACACUGAUGCUUUCGCCACACAUUUCUUUCUUAGUUUCUCGUCGUGUGUAUUAUGCGUGUACGAUCUUCGAGGAUGGCAAGAGCGAAUAGGUCGAAAGAAAGAAAAAAAAAAAAAAAAAUCAGAAAAGUAGAACCUGCGCUUGAUUAUAUUGAUUGAAUCUGCAUUUUGAAAAAAAAAAUGCAAAAAAAAAAAAUUAUCGACAAGAUAUUAUUGCGUGAGAAUAACGACGAGAAAAAGAAAAAGAAAAACGUAUAAAUUUGCGAAUAUUUAACCUAUCGCCGCGGAUUGUCGACCCACUAAAGAGCGUUGUCCUUCGUUCUUUCUUUGGAGAACAUGAUAAAAAGAACAUUUUUCAUUGGAAAAAUUGUUAAACGAAGACAGAUACUUUGGUGGGUCGAUCAGAAAUUAAGGAAAUUAAGCUUGCAUUAUUCGAAAUUCUUGAUGUGAGUUCGUUAACUCCUAAACUGAAGUGCAAUUGUAAAAAAAAAGGAAAAAACAAGAAAAAAAAUGACCGUCGCUGUUUGCUUGUUCGUCUAUCAAUAUAUGUAUUGACGACGACGCGAUGAAUGUUGCGUGAGAUGUUCGAAUUUUUUUUUCCGUUGUCUUCGUACUCUUAUUCUUUUUUCGUCUUUUUCUAUUUUUCAUUUCUUCUCUCUUUUUUUGGUAGCCUAACGCAUGACUUGAAGUUAAUCCUUUAUGAGUGAUGGAAAUAGGGCCAUAAGAACAGUGCGUACACAACCACAAUGACAUUCUCCGAACAUGUUAAUAAUAAUCAAAAUAGGCAGCUAUUUAAUAACCGCCGUACUCUUUGGAGAUUCCCGAGUAGCGUGAACGAAGGUGCAUUAAUGAAACAGCGUUUCUACGUGUUAAUCGAUUUUAAUACUUGUACUCUAUCGAAUCGUAGAAUAGUGAUUCUUAAUCUGCGAACGUGUAAUCAUGUAUUUUUUGAAAUUUACGAAAGACACUUGAUGGUCUAUAAUUAAUUUUUUAUAUAAUACAAAGAGAAGGGAUAUAACUCUUAAGGAAAGUGAAAAAGUGAAACUAGGCGAUCGUCCGUUUUACUUAUUAAUUUUUUUUUCUUUUCUUUUUUCUUAUUCUUUUUUUUUUUUUUUUUUUUAUUUAGUCUUUUUCGUUUGAUCGAGUGGCUGCGAAACAAUUUUGCGAAAUGAUUAAGAAUUACUGGCAUAAAGGGUUAAUUUUGAAUGGAAAUGCUUUGCUCGUAACGUUGAUUGCGAAAGGAGAUGUGAAUCAAAUCAAAUGCAACGUAUCUAAAUCAGUUUGAACGUUUCUUACCGUGCAGGCAGUCUAAUUUCGCGUUUUUCUCCGCCACUUUAUGUUCACUGUAGGGAUUCAAAUAAUUAUUGAUUAGAAAGAGCCGAAAAAACGAAAUGUUUGUUUUAAACCGGAAAUGGCGACGAUGGGAGGGACUUCGAUGAAACAAUAACGCGUCUCGUCUUAAAUAUUUUCAGAAAAUAAAUGAGUUUUCUUUCACGACGAGCGUUCAUUGUUUCACGCCGUUCCCUUCCGUUUGCUCACCGAAUUCUAGUUAAAUAAUGAAAAAAGAAGAAACGAAGCGUUUUUUAAAUUAAACGAGAUAAACGAA